AUGUCGCAGCAGUAUAGCCAACCUGGAUGGCAGAACCCACAGCAGCAGCAGCAGCAGCAGCAGCGCCCGCAGACACAGUCGCCGUAUCCCACCUCCUCGUCUUCGUCGCCUGCUCCUCUGUCUCAAUACCAGUCUUAUCGUCCGACGCCGUCUCCAGGAGGACAACAGCAGCAGCAGCAGCAGCAGCAGCAGCCGCCGCAGCCGCCGUCUAGCAGUGCCCAGUCGCAGGCCCAAACCCCGCAGGCUCAAACCCCGCAGGCUCUCCAGGCUCACCAGGCGUACCCCUAUCAACCCAGCUACCAGCAGCCUUCAUAUGGUGCUCACCAACAACUACAACAACAACAACAACAACCUCAGCAAGGUGGAUAUCAUCAGCAGCAGCAGUCUUAUGGCCAACAGCCUCAGCAGACCUAUGGAAGACCGCCCCCUCCCCCGCCAUCGACCCAGCCAUACGCUUCCUCGGGACAGCCAUACCCCCCUCAGUCUCCCUAUGGACAGGCACCCGCACAAGCACAAUCGCCUUACCCCCCCCAGAACGCCCCAUACCCUGGACCUCCCCAGCAAGGUGGGUUUCCCGGUGGACAGUAUGGCCAUCCUGGCCCUAGUGGACCUGGAGGCCCAGGUGCGCCGCCUCCCGCCGCCGCCGCCGCCGCCGCCGCCGCCGGUCGUGCCACGGAACAGCAGGUGAAUGCCUACAGACAGCUCCUCGUGGGCACCAUCCAGGAGAAGCAACUGCAGCCCUUCUGGCCCCCUGAAAAGCUCGAUCGUCUGCUGCAGAGCUUGGCCCAUGAUGCCCCGGCCAAGGUCAACCGGUUGAUGCACGAGUGGAACGUCCCGCAGGAGGUGGCCGUCGACAUCAUGAAGCUCGCGCUGUACGACACCAUCCUGUACGUCGACGACAGCGGCUCCAUGGAGUUUGAAGAGAACGGUCUGCGCAAGGAGCAGCUGAAGCAGGUGCUGGGCAUUGUCGCCGCGGCAGCCUCGACCUUUGACCAGGACGGCAUCUCGGUGCGCUUCAUGAACUCCCCCGAAGCCGAGGACAAUGUACGCAACGUCGACGACGUCAACCGACUGGUCUCGCGUGUCCGCUUCUCCGGCCUCACCCCGCUGGGCACCAACCUGCGCAACAAGGUGCUGGACCCGAUGGUCGUCGGCCCCGCCCGCGCCCACCGGCUGCAGAAGCCCGUGCUGGUCAUCACCAUCACCGACGGCCAGCCUGCCGGCGAGCCCCUCAGCACCGUCGCCCAGGUCAUCCGCAUGGCCUCGGACGAACUCUCCCGCAGCCAGUACGGCCGCGGCGCCGUCGCCUUCCAGUUCUCCCAGGUCGGCAACGACACCAAGGCCCGCGAAUUUCUGGGCAGUCUCGACGAGGAUCCGGCUAUCGGCAGCCUCAUCGAUUGUACUUCAAACUUUGAGGUUGAACAGGACGAAAUGUCUCGCGCCGUCCCUCCCGUCUACCUGACCCGAGAACUCUGGUGUGCCAAAUUGAUGCUUGGAGCGAUCGACUCCUCCUAUGACACCAAGGAUGAAAAGGCCGCCGGCCAUGGUGGCCCACCGCAGCAGCAGGGCUACGGGCAGCCGCCUCAGCAGGCAUACGGUCAGCAACCGGCAUACGGCCAGCAACAGGGAUAUGGUCAGCAACAGGGAUAUGGCCAGCCAUCUGGAUAUGGUCAGCAACAGCCUAGCUACGGUCAGCAGCAACAGCAGCAACAGGCACCCUAUGGGCAGCAGCGUGGUGGCCCAUCUCCCCAGCCGGGUUAUGGCCAGCCCUACGGCGGUUACGGUGCUCCAUCCGGUAACUACCAGCAGCACCAACACCAGCAGUACGGCCAGGGCAGACGGUACUAG